GCGCGAGAGGGCGGAGCAGGGUGGACGCAGGGGGCGAUGGAAACCGGCACACUGUCCCUCCGGAGCGUGGUGUAGCGGUGGGAGUGGGAUCUGGAGAUGGACGGCGUCCCUGAGUGUCACCUCAACUGUCCUCAUGACCACCAGAGGCCAUACAAGCAAGGAUCUCAUGGCGACGGCAGAGAAGAGCUGUUCAAUAACUCCAAUCAAGCCACAAGUCCAACUGAACAUCAGAGUGACCUGGCUUUUAUGGAAGACUGUAGCAACUGGGAUAUUGUAAAAGCUACCCAAUACGGAAUAAUUGAUAGAUGUAAAGAGUUAAUAGAAGCUGGUUAUGAUGUCAGACAGCCUGACAAAGAGAAUGUGACAUUGCUUCACUGGGCAGCCAUCAAUAACCGAAUCGAUCUAGUCAAAUACUAUGUUUCAAAAGGUGCCAUUGUGGACCAGCUAGGCGGAGAUUUAAAUUCAACACCCCUUCAUUGGGCGACCAGGCAAGGUCACUUGUCUAUGGUUGUAUUACUGAUGAAAUAUGGAGCAGACCCCUCCUUGGUUGACAGGGAAGGAUUUACCUGCCUUCACCUUGCAGUUCAAUUCCAGCACAUGCCUAUCGUAGCAUACCUUGUGGCAAAAGGUCAGGAUGUAGAUGCUCCUGAUAUGAAUGGACAAACCGCUUUAAUGAUGGCAGCAAGCAGAAUAAUAGGGCCUGAGCCAACCGGGUUCCUUGUAAAAUUAAAUGCUUCAGUAAAUGCUGUUGAUAAAGUGCACAGAAACACACCACUGCAUUGGGCUGUAAUGUCAGGAAAUGUGGCUGCACUGAGUGUACUUCUAGAUGCCGGUGCUAAUGUUGAACUUGUAAAUGCAAUGGGAGAAACUCCUCUGGGGUUAGCCCAGCAAAACCGAAAUCUUUGGAUCUUACGUUAUCUGCUUGAUGCAAGUAUUCAGCGAAAUAGAAGUCAUUUUGUGGUGAAGGUUCUCAAGAUCUUUGAAAAAUACAAGCUUCUCCUGUUGUUUUUGAUGGCAGUGGCAGUGAUAUGGGUGACUGGCUACAUAGCAGAUAUGGAAUCUGACUCGUGGCUUUUGAAGGGCAUAUUAUUUGUUUCUGCUUGGCUUGUAAUACAGCUUGUGAUAAGGCGUUUUAUAACCAUGCAGACGUACAGCUACUUCCCUUUGGCAUUCCUAUCAGCAUCGCUUUUUUGGAUGGUCAUCACGUGGUUUGUCCGGUACUUGCCUGAUAUGCCAGACUCAAGAUUUCAGAUUCCAUUUGCCCUCAGCAUUACAGGCUGCAUCUACUAUUUUUAUAAAACUUGGACAGUAGGCCCUGGUUACCUCCAGGUUUCAGAGCAAGAGAAAAACAGGACUGUUGUGGCACUUGCAGAAACUGACUGCCUGGAUCCAAGGGCCUUCUGUACCAGAUGUCUUAUCCGCAAACCCCUCCGAUCCAAGCACUGUGUCGUUUGUGAUUGUUGUGUGGUAAAGUAUGAUCACCACUGCCUGUGGACUGCAAGGUGUAUCGGCGCAUUGAAUCAUCGGUAUUUUGUGAGCUUCCUGUUUUUCCUGUUUACAGUAGUUGUGUGGAUGGGCUAUGGAACUGUUGUGUACUGGUCCAUACACUGUUCGACUAGCUAUGAGAAGGAUGGACUGUGGAUAUUCCUGACCGAAAUAAUUUCAUGCUCUCCAUGGAUAAUAUGGAUUUUUCUUCUUGUGGUGUUCCAUUCUUCAUGGGUGACAUUCCUCUUAUUAAACCAGCUCUAUCAGAUUUUCUGCUUGGGCCUAACAACGAGUGAAAGGGUCACUCUGAUCAAAUGUGCACGCAAUGGUCGACACGGUGGACUUCAGCAAAAUCCAUUCAAUCUUGGCUGUUUCCGGAAUAUGGUGGAUUUCUUCCAGUGCCGCUGCUUUGGUCUAUUUAAGCCGAACCAAACUGACUGGACUCGACAGUACAACGUGGGGUUUGAACAACCACGAACAAGUGAAUUUCAGUUUGUUUGAGAAAUAUGAACAUUGUAACUGUUUGGUAAUGAAUUGUGUACGAAGCUUUUGUUUUGUGGUGGAGAGUAAACGCUGUAUUUCCGACUGUAGAAUUCUGAAGCAGGCAAUGUGUAUUUUCACUAUUUGGAACUGUGAUAUUUUAAAUGUGAACUUGACUUCAGUGCUAAACUUACUGAGAUGUCUUUGGUGGUCAAACAUUGGUCAAAUUCACACGUUUAUGAAAAAAAAUUGUUAAAAUCAAAUUCAUGCUUUAAAUUAUUAUAAAAAAACAUAUUUUUUGUCUUACAAUGUUUGUAGUUUCUUAUUAGGGACCAAAUGAUUGCUUUUAAUUCAAAGCUUGACCAGCUUAAUUGGUGAUUCAGGGUACCAACUGCGGUUGGACAGAUAUCUUCAUCUCAUCCUGUCCAGUCAAGUCUCCGUUUCUCCCUUUGGAUUUUUAUUUUUAAGUGAGCUAAUGUAUUUGAAGAAAAUUUGGGGGUGAUGGGGGAAAUAUUCCUUUUACUUUUCUCCUGACUUGCUCACGGCACUGUCCAGUAAAGAAGGUCUGUUGAUUCUAGAGAAAUUCUAGAUUAUUGGCCAAACAGUAAACACAUUUGAAAAUUUGCAGAUAUUUGUGAGUUCAUUUAGCUGUUGUUUAUUGAAGAUAUAUAUUUAACUGUUAUUAUUUGCCUUUACUUAUGUGAUCUGUUACACUCAUUCAGAAGUAAAGCUGAUUUAUUUUAGUAUACAAAGGUUAUAACCUUAACAGGAAAGGUAUAAAAUGCAAUGUGAAGUCCAGAUGUAUGGUCAUUAUCAACUGACUAACCACUUGAGGUUUUCUUUCUUAGUAAAUUAUGCGUUAUAGCAACAUUUUAUUUGGAACUAAUGUAGAUCUAGAGGUCAUGUUAUAAAAUAACAGUGUGUCUAUGAUCAACAAAAGCUUACACUUAUAUAGCAUGUACGUGCACUCUAACAUCCCAAGGCACUUCACAUGGGUGUUAUCAGGUAAAAUUUGCAUCUGAGCCAUUGAUUGUAGAAGAGGUGAUCAAAGGCUCAGUGAAAAGUCGUUUUAAGGUGUGUCUGAAAUCAGGAAGAUUGAGGGAGGCAAUGGUAUACCUUUGGGCCCAGUUAACGAAGGUGGGAACACAGGUGAUGGAAUGUUUACAUUUGUAUAGGAGCCUAUAGUUAAGGGAAUGUAGUGAUCUUGGAGGACUGUAGGAUUAUCUGGAAUAACAGCCUUGGAUCUUAAAUUUGUUUUGCAUAACUGAAGGCAUCAGACUGAGGUAAACAUACAGAAUUGUGAAACUCUACACCUCACUUUAAAUUAUAUCUAAAGGAUCUCUUGCCUAUAAAGAAGCUGUAUCCAAAGUGUAUUCAGUCAUGAUUUAUAUUUGUUAAUGACCAAAAUGAAGUUGCUGUCUGCAAAGGCUUCAAUAUUGACUGGCCCAAAUUUUUUGCAAACUUUACUUCAAGGAUGCCCAUCUGUGUUCAAUGAUUUUAUAUCCAUGUUUACUUGAUAACUACAAGGCUGUAACAGCAUUGCACUUUUGAGAUGCUGCACAACUGACUUAAUUAAAUUUAAAGCACUUUUUCUUCAAGGUAUGGAAAUGAUUUUCUGACAUUAAUUUGUAAUUGUCGAAAAGACUUAACACCAGGUUGAUAUGGGCAAGUUUCAUAGUUUGUACAUAGAAAUAAAUACAAUCUGAAAACUUUUUUUUUACGUUUAGCUGUUUAGUAAAACACUAAACUGUAGCUGCAUGCUAACCUUCUGCAAUUCAUCCAUUAGGACAUCCAGAUCUCUCUCUGAGCUCUGAAACCUCUCACUGUUUCAAUAAUAAGCUUUUUAACAAACUUUCUGCUAAAUUUACAACUCCACACACUGUCAGAGUUUUGUCUACUCAUUUAACUAAAACAGGAUAUUGAUUAAACUAAAACAAAGAAUUCAUCAACCUUAGUUUUGAAAAAUGAAAUUUUUGGCAAAACUGAGCGCACGUCUUGCAGCAUCUGUGGGGAGAGAAACAGAAUUAACAUUUCAAGUUAAUGUUUCAACUCUUCGUUAGAACUGAUAGAGCUCGGAAAAACUGAUAUUUGUACUGAAGGUGAGGGAGGAGCCAGAGAAAGCGAGAGGUGAGCGGAUAGAUUACGACAGUGUCUAGAAAAAGACGGGGGGGGAGAGAGAGAGAGAGAGAGAGAGAGAGAGAGAUAUGAGAAGGGUAGGUAAGCUGGAAAUUAUGGAUGGUAGGCCAGGACAGAAGGGAAGCUGUAUAAGUGAUACUGAGAGCUGAGGGUAGCAGAGAAUGGGUGGUCUGUGCUGAAAGCAAACCAUGUAAUGUGAUAAUAGGCUGACAGUGUGUGAAAAUGGGUUUCCUCUGCUCAAAGCAGCCCUUCAUAUAACUGGAUACGGGUGUGGGUGAUAAUGGGAACUGCAGA